AUGGCACAAGAAAAAACACAAGGUGUAAAGAUUAUCGUGGCUGGUCUACCACGUACCUCAACGACAAGUCUCAAGAAGGGCCUUGAGAUCCUUGGUAUCAACCCAUGCUUCCACCUUGGUGAUCCUCCAGCACCAAUCUCCCGCGUCAAGGAGAGUGCGCGUGUUCUAGCCAUUCAAGACCGCAAUGAACGACUCAAGGCUCUCAAGAAUCUCUACGAUGGAUUCGAAGCCGUCUUUGAGCCACCUGCUAGCACUCUUGUCGAUGACAUGCUGACAAUAUACCCUGACGCAAAGGUCAUUCUUUCAGUCCGCAAAAAUCCCCAGGUCUGGCUGGCUUCGUACUACGGAUUGGGUAUCGAUCUGCGGUCCCCUUGGUAUCGCAUCCUCGGAUACUGGAUCCCUGGAGUAAUCCACUCUAGCGAUCUCAUUGUCGCUUGGUCAAAGUUUUACACUGAAAAGUUUGGUCUGCAGCAGGUUCCCUGCGAGGACCUCUACCACAAGCAUAACCAGUGGGUGCAUGACAUUGUGCCUGCUGGUCAGCUGCUCGAGUACCAACCAAGCAUGGGAUGGGAACCCUUGGCCAAGUUUCUCGACAAGCCUGUUCCUGUGGACCAGCCGUUUCCACGUGUGAACGAGGCAGCGUUUUUACGAAACGUUAAGAGGACUGCUAUGGCUGUUGGAUCAGUGGUGUGGCUGGUUCUAUUUGCCGGCAUAUACUUUGGUGGAUGUUUUGCUUGGCGCAGGUACGCCUACCUAUUGGAUCUGUAG